AUGGCUGGAUAUGCAUUAAAAAGAUUGAUGUCAGAAUUUAGGCAAUUAACAAUGGAUCCACCAGAAGGUAUAGUAGCUGGUCCAGUAAGUGAAGAUAACUUUUUUGAAUGGGAUUGUUAUAUAACAGGACCAGAAGAUAGUUGUUUUGCCAAUGGUGUUUUUCCAGCAAAGAUAACUUUUCCUGCUGAUUAUCCUUUAUCUCCACCUCAAAUGCAAUUUACCUGUGACAUUUUUCAUCCAAAUAUUUAUCCUGAUGGAAAAGUUUGUAUUUCAAUACUUCAUGCACCAGGUGAUGAUCCAUUAGGAUAUGAAAGUAGUACUGAACGAUGGUCACCAGUUCAAUCUGUUGAAAAAAUUCUUUUAUCAGUUGUUAGUAUGCUUGCUGAACCUAAUGAUGAGUCUCCAGCUAAUGUUAAUGCUGCAAAGAUAUGGAGACUGGAAAGAGAUGAAUUUGUCUUCCUGUUACACAAGAUAAUUAGAAAUAAAUUACAUAUUCAUAACGGUAUUACAAACAAAAUUUGUUUUUAUAAAAAAUAUAGUUAA